UUCCUUAAUUCAAACAGUUGGAGACAAAUGUGAGUUUGAAGGAGUCUGAUGCCUGGCCUGCUGAGCCACAAGAUGCAUAUGGGCUGGAGAAGCUUGCAACAGAAGAGUUAUGCAAGCAUUAUAACAAGGAUUUUGGAAUUGAGUGCCGCAUUGGGAGAUUCCAUAACAUAUAUGGUCCUUAUGGGACAUGGAAGGGUGGGAGGGAGAAGGCUCCUGCUGCUUUUUGUCGCAAGUCACUUACUUCCAAAGACCGAUUUGAGAUGUGGGGAGAUGGAUUGCAAACAAGAUCCUUCACCUUCAUUGAUGAGUGUGUCUGAGCUAUUCCUUGCAAAUUUUGUGGCUAAUGACUAUUACAUCUAAAUUAAUGACUUAUU